GGGAGGGAGAGAGAGGGGAGAGGAGUGCAAAGCGGGAUGUAGACAGAUACCAUGAGUGUGAUGGUUUGCACUCCCAUCCAGACAGUUAGACACGGAGGGAGCUCAACAGAGAGUUAGUGAGAUGAGAGUUCACAAACCUGUCUCUAUGGAGGGUUAAGAAUUACAGGGAGGAGAAGAACCCCAUCCACAGCCCUGUCAGGACUAAUCUCUGUGGACUUUCUUUUUCCUCAGUCUGGGACGGGACUGGGGACAGCUAUCAGUUGUGUGACCCCUGCAUGUUCAUCAAUAUUCAAUCUCUUUUCUUGGAUUACUGCUGGAGGGAGCAGGAGAUCAACCGGCAGUUUCAAUCGGUCGACCUAGAUUGUUGCAGAGCUGCGGGGAGAGGGGACAGCGUGGCAUGCGGACCGGCUCUGAAGCAUCUGUGUUUACUCUGCACGGUCACUGUGAGAGAGCGAUGUGGAAGGACAGAUGAUUUAUGCAGCUCCUACUACCUGAAGGCAAAUCCCUUGUCCCGGAUCAUUUUGCAAAUCCACAAGGCGUGCUGUCUUGCUCAUCAACUCGCUCCAACUACCUCCUAAAAUCGCUGCAUAAACCCGGGCCCAUAUAAAAAGUUGUGGUCACAAAUGUCUCAGUAAACACACACACACCCCUCGUGAUUGGACACGCGUGCUCUCCAAUAACCUUUCCUACUCCCGCCGGUGAUUGAGGGAUCAGCAUGUCGAGGGCAAACUGGAGACCGGUGCUCGAUUCACAUGUGAAUGGCAGCGGGAGCCAGGCGUACGGAGACUGAUGAGGAAGGUGCUGAAUAAAGGUCGGUUCCAUUAGUGCUCCGAGCGGGGACACGGGCCUGGAUGCUGCCCGGACACACUGACUUCUCCUGGACAGAGUCUGGACAAUACACCAGGGGAAUUUACAAUGGCUGAGUGACAAAUUAUGCCUAGUGGAGUACAAGCUGAUGGAUGGACCGUUUUUUUUUUGUAUAUACAGAUGUGACUGCUAUCUUCUAAUUGAAGACAAAAAGGCAACGAUUUGGAUUUGUGUAAAAUCAGCAGUACAUUCCAGCCCUGUGCAGGGGAGUGUUUUUCUUGGUCAGCUGUGUCCCUCCUGCCUGGGAAUACAUUGACAUUAUAAACAGGAGGUGGCUCCAACAUCUCAUCCCUGUUCCGCUCAUCCAUCACAGUUCCAACCCUCACCGAAGCAAACGGACCUCUGAGAUCGGAGAAAAGGUCUGUGGAGAACAUUAGCCUAUACACUCCAAAACCCAAUUGGGUGCAGGCGGCUGAUUCCUUGGCUUUCUUAUCGUUAAAGGGCAGGUAGAAGAGGCUGGCUGCUCAUAGAUAGUCUUUGGCGAGACAGAGAGGCGUUUUUUUUGGCUGUCAGGCUCUGUGGGCGGGACGAGCCGUGAAAGGAAAGGCCUCGCUGGGGGGCUCUGCUGGAGCGGAAACUCUUUUCCUCGGGCUAUGUUUGGAUGUGAUGCUUGUCUCUGUGGAUGCAACGUGGACUCUAUGGCCUGAUUACACAGCCCUGGUAUUCAGAUAGUGCUGGCGGGAAGGGAUAAUGCAUAUCCUUCGCUGCCCUGAACAAGAAGCCACGAUGAGCAACGUCACGGUCACCGACAACACUGAGCCCAUCAGCCGCACCAUGAGUCCGGCAAGCCCCAGCCCGUAUCCCUAUCCUGUUAGUUUCCAGGUCUCCCUGACAUGCUUCCUCAUGCUGGAAAUCCUCCUGGGAAUGAGCUCCAACCUCACUGUGCUCGCCCUUUACUGUAUGAAGUCGAACCUCAUUAGCUCUGUCAGUAACAUUGUCACCAUGAACCUCCAUGUGCUGGAUGUGCUCAUCUGUGUGUGCUGCAUCCCCCUCACCAUUGUGGUGGUGUUGCUCUCGCUGGAGGGGGACACUGCGCUGGUCUGCUGCUUCCAUGAAGCCUGCGUCUCCUUCGCUAGCGUCGCCACUGCCGCUAACGUGCUGGCCAUCACCCUCGACCGCUACGACAUCUCGGUCAAGCCGGCCAACCGGGUACUGACCAUGGGCCGCGCCCUGACCCUGCUGUCUGCCAUUUGGGUGCUGUCCUUUGUCAGUUUCCUCGUGCCCUUUAUUGAGGUGGGCUUCUUCGCCCAGGGACAAGCCGAUCUGAACCAGACAGCGGUGGAGAACGUGGUCCACACUAACCAGUACUACACAGAGCUCGGCCUCUAUUACCAUCUGCUCGCUCAGAUUCCGAUUUUCUUCUUAACCGCCGUGGUCAUGCUCAUCACCUACUCAAAGAUCCUGCAGGCGCUCAACAUUCGCAUUGGCACACGGUUCCACGCCUCACAGAAGAAGAAGGCUCGCAGGAAAAAAAGCCCAUCCAUGACGGCCAUGAAGACACAGCACGAGGCCACGGAUGCUUCCCAGAGCAGCGGCAGCCGCAACCCCACCCUGGGGAUGCGCACCUCCGUCUCCGUCAUCAUCGCCUUGCGCAGGGCGGUCAAGCGCCACCGAGAAAGGCGGGAACGCCAAAAGAGGGUCUUCAGAAUGUCCCUCCUGAUUGUGUCUACCUUCAUGCUGUGCUGGACGCCAAUCACAGUGCUCAACACGAUCAUCCUGAGUGUGGGCCCCAGUGACCUGAUGGUCAAGUUGAGACUGGGCUUCCUGGUGAUGGCUUAUGGGACCACUAUCUUUCACCCUCUACUCUAUGCCUUCACCAGGCAGAAGUUCCAGAAAGUCUUGAAAAGCAAGAUGAAGAAGCGAGUGGUGUCGAUCAUUGAGGCCGAUCCUACCCCGAACAAUGCCAUCAUCCACAACUCCUGGAUCGACCCAAAGAGGAAUAAAAAGGUGACAUUUGAGGACAAAGACGCCCAACAGAAAUGUCUGUCUUCUGAGGACGUGGCGUGAAGGAAGGCGUUGUCUUUACGUUACACAGUUAAUUAAAGCAGCUAAAACUGACAUCAGGUCAUGACUUAAAAGGGAAAAUGUUAAUCCAAAGCAGUAAUGUAAAUAGUAUGUGCAAUAGAAUGUACAGAAACAAGAGGUGGAUAAUUUAUUACUAUUUAUUGAGAACAAAUGUAGGUUUCAUAGAUAGAAUAUAUACUGUACUGUAGAUAUUGCAUGGCUUUUUGUAAUGGUAGCAACAUACAUAGCAUUGUGUUCAUACGUAAUACACGUACAGCAUAAGGUAAACAAGGUAUUUAGAUAGAGCGAGAGAACUUAGGAAGUACUAUGUUUAUGUAUAUUUAUAAUAAAUUCUGUGUUCACUCACCAAACACAGCAAAAAGCUUCCUAUUAUACCCUCCCCCCCCCCCUCUCCAAGUUAAGUGUUUGUGUUUCCUGUAACAACUGUGACAUUACAACCAUUCAUCACCGUGCCACUCGCUGCAAGGCCAGACCUGCAAUCCCCCGGUGACCACUGACCUUGUCGCCUGUGAGCCCCAUGAGGGAAGGCGGACAGGUCAUACAUGGAAAGGGAUGAAGCAGGAAAACGUAUGUUAUGUCGCUGUGGCCGGAAGGGUUCGGGGCACUGUUCAUGAUUCACAAUCACUGCUUUUAGAGUUAAAGAACGCUUGCAUUCCUCAGACACAACAGAAGACCAUGGCUCUCAUCACCUCUGACGAAAAACAGAUAUAAUCAAAGCAGAGUCUGUUUUACUUUAACAGUCGCGUCUUUGAGCCAAAUGGAAAAUAUACAGUUGCCUUAUCUUGGUUUGUCGAGUGGGAAAGCGUCAUAGCACAUAUUGAACACAGUGAACAAAACAAUGACAAAUAUUGUUUUAAUCCUGAGUGAAUCCACAGAGGUUGUGUUUCCACAAAGAAGUUAUUUAACCAAACUAAAGGGAAAUGUUGAAAAUGGUUGUAUCAAACUGUCUGUUUUUAAUAACGCUAGGCAUAAAACAAUGCUUUCCAAAGAAGCAAAUCCAUCACUGCAAUAAAGAACUACUGCAAAAAAA